AUGACAACGAUGCAGCAUAUGCCGCCCAAGGCUUACAGCAGUGAUGAUGUGCAUCACCGCCCUAAAGGAAUUUUGAAGAAUUCUCGCUCUUUUCAAAACGAACCUGUUGUGGAAUCACUCAGUACACCUCCGUCUGUCCCGACCAUCGCGGAGUUAGCAGACACAAAGGAGCUGACGCUCCAAAAUACGUUGCAAAACGCUGGUCCACGACGUCGCUCGUCAUCAAACACCCAGCCGGGCGCACAGGAUCGCCGACAAUCUUCGGCAAGCGCUCAAGACGAAAACUCCCCUCGUCUUAAGUGGGAUGAGGCAAACCUGUACUUGGCCGAGCAGGACCGAACCGCGAAAAUGAAGAUCGAUGAGCCUAAGACUCCAUACGCGCCACACUACGACCCGACUGAGGAUGAUGAAGAGAUGCGCCUUGAAGAGGCUAAGGAAAGCUUGAUUGAUGCGCAGGAUAUUGUGGUCGAUGAGCUUGACCGUGCUAAGGGUCAUCACCAGAAAGGCGUCUCGGAGGACGAUAUCCCGGAUCUAGAGCUCGGCGAGGCGGAGGAGGCUCAACCUACUGGCGAAUCCCCUACGGAAGAUCCUCGAAUUUUCCGUCAACGUAGUCUGAGCACUGAGUCUCAGAAACAGGAGAAGCAUGUUCAUGUGGGCUCUGAGGCUAAUGGCGAUGAUGGAGUGCCUGGUGAUGAUGGUUUGAUGAGCACCGAAGAAGCCAAGGAGAAGCAUCGCCUAUUUGAGCGACAGCGCAAGAGACACUAUGAAAUGAACAAUAUCAAAGACUUGCUUGCCCACCCCGAGAACCUGGAUGAAAUGGAAGAGGACGAGGAUGAGCCAGCUCCCCAGGCCGUUCCCCAGAUGCCCCAGCGCUUCAGAAACGGCGGGCAAUAA